AAAGGUUGCUAUCUCAACAAGUGGUACAAAAUCGAGUGCAAAAACGCUAGUUUUCCAUUUCUUUUCAAGAUGGGCAUGGAAGUUGUAAACAUCUCUCUUCCAGGUGACGAAUAUGGUCACUAUACUUCUGGAUCAUUCGGAUCAAUUCGUGUCAAAAGCCGGAUAACAUCCGUUGGCUGUUCUGAAGAUGGAAAAGAAUCUGGAUCGGUUUUGAAUUUGACGGAUAGCCCUUUUUUCUUUGGGUUUAGAAACAGCCUCGUAGCGAUUGGUUGCAACAGCAAGGCCUCGUUGACUAACAUUGAGCCAAACAAGGUGGGAUGCGAGUUGAACUGCACUACAAGCAAAGAGAAGUUUCCUAGCAAAAGCAUCCCUUUUUCGACAAAACCGGAUGUACUAGCAACGCGUUGCCUUAUACUUACACUCCGGUUUGUACAAAGAACAAAGGGGAAGAAGAAAGAAGCUGUGAUGGCAACGGAUGUUGUCGUUCAAGUCUACCCGGUGAUGAGGCUCAACAGAACAAGCUGCAGAUGCAACAAUAUCACCAUUAAUGGGACCAAUUAUGCAAAAUGUGGAUGCGCGGAAGGUUACACAUGUAACCCAUACCGCAUUGGCGGAUGCGAAGAUAUUAAUGACUGCCUAAUACGCAAUCCCGAUGGAAGUCGCUGGCAUUGUAGAGAAAGCGACACUUGCGUGAAUGUGCCUGGAAGUUUUUAUUGCGUGGGCGAUAAGACUGGAGCAAUAAUGAUAGGCGUAGGUGCAGGUUUAGGCAUCUUAGUCCUAGUAGGUGGAAUUUGGUGGCUGAGAAAGUUCUUUGAAAAGAGAAAGAUGCAACAACAACUACAUACAAGAGAAGAGGAAGAAGGAACUAAUACAGCAGACAUAGCUGACAUGUGGACCAUUGGUGCUACUGCUCCAGCUUCUAGUAUUGUUGCUUCGUCUUUCUCGUUAGAAGUUGAACCAUUACUUCCUCGUCCCGCAUGGUGACUCAAAAAGGUGAGGCAAUGGUAAACAAAUUGAUGGUCCUUUCAAACGGUCUGGCUGAAGUUUGUGCUUGACAUGUUGUUUGUCAAUAAUUACUUUCAUGUGAAUAAAUGAAUGAUUAAAUU